GACGCGCCUGUCAGCCCGCCCUGAGGCGGCCGCGGCGGGGCCGCUGUGUCGCGACAUGGGCGACGACUUGGCGUCGGAGGGCGACACCCUGCUUCAGUCAGAGAAGGAGUUCCAUGACGCAGCCAAGCGGAAUGACACGGCCAGGAUGGAGGAGCUCAUCAGGAGAGGGGUUGACAUCAAAGCCAAAAACAAUACAGACCGGAGUGCCCUGCACUGGGCUGCGGGAGCAGGGAAUGUGGAUGCUGUGCGGCUGCUCCUGGGUCACGAUGUCCCCGUGGAUGACGAAGACAGUUUUGGAAUGAAUGCUCUUCUCCUGUCUGCCUGGUUUGGCCACCUCCAUGUCCUGCAGAUCCUCAUCAACGCUGGGGCCAAGACUAACCGUGUCAACAGGAAUGGCAGGAACUUACUCCACUGUGCUGCCCAGAGGGGACACGUCCAGAUCAUAGAGUUCAUCAUGGAGGUCCUGGAGGAUGUGUGUGUGGAUGAGACAGACAAGAUGGACAGGACAGCAUUUCACCUGGCUGCAGAGUAUGGGAGACUAGAGGUGGUGGAGUUCCUCAUUCGACUGGGUUGUUCUCGCAGUGCCAAAGACAAGGAAGCAAAUACAGCAUUGCAUUUAGCUGCUAAAAAUGGACACCUGUCUGUGCUGCAGAAGCUUAUAGGUGUUGGAGUGGACCUUGAUGAAAAAAACUCAGAAGGCCUUACAGCUCUGCACUUGGCUGCUGAGGGGGGUCACAGGGACUCUGUGAAGCUGCUCGUGGAAGCAGGAGCUGAUGUCAAUGCCCAGACCCAGAAGAAGAUGAACUGCCUUCAUUAUGCAGCUCUGCAUGGCUAUGAGGAGAUAGCCAGGAUCCUCAUGGAUGCAGGAAUCCACACUGAUGCUGUUAAUCAUCAAAAUGCAUCAGCGACACACAUCGCGGUCCUGCAGAACUUCCCAGCCAUGGUGAAGCUCUUCAUCGAGGCAGGGUGUGACCUUGACAUUCCAGAUAAUAGGCAGCAGACCUCACUCCACAUCGCUGCAGAGCACGGCAGGCAGGACAUCGCUGAGAUGAUUCUCCUUGCAGGAGUUAACCUGAAGCUGACAGACAAGCAGGGGAAAACAUCUCUGGAUGUCGCUGCCCGAGGCAAUCACAUCAACCUGGUGGACAUGAUUAUCAAAGCCGAUAGGUUUUACAAAUGGGAAAAGGACAACCUGAACAGCGACUCCGACUCAUGGGUGGCAAAGCACUUGACCUUUAAGCAAGAUCACAGGCUGGAAACACAGCACAUUCGCUCAGUCAUGUGGAGAUUAGCCACUAAGUACCUCAAACCUGGGGAAUGGAAGAAGCUGGCACAUUAUUGGAAAUUCACAGAUGCUCACAUUAGGGCCAUUGAGCAACAAUGGACAGGCACUAAAAGCUACAGGGAACACGGCCACAGGAUGUUGCUGAUCUGGCUCCAUGGCGUGAAUACUGCAGGAGAAAAUCCAAUCAAGGGGCUGUACGAAGGCCUUGUGGGGAUUGGAAGAAGAGAUUUAGCAGAAAGUAUCCGGAAAAAAGCCAACGCAGACUCCACCUCUCCACGGAAGUGCACAGCGAUGUAACACCGCGAGCAGCCUCUGCUGGUCUCAGAGCUACAGGAGAAAAAACACUUCUCUGCUGCUGCUCAAAGGCAGCUGCAACUUAAGGGCUUCUUGUCAGAAACAGCUGGCACUGCUGCACCCUUCUGGCUCUGGAAUGACAAGGGUAAAACAAAUGCUUGUGGUCAAAAAUGCCUCUUUACACAGAAGGGAGAUUUUUAUCAGCAAUUUCCUAUGGUCUGGGUACUGUAAAGGGAGUUCAGUGAGCAAGCCUCACUUGUCACACUGUAUCAGGAAAUAUUACACUGUUUUACUGUAACUUAUUUACAGCACGUUUGUACAGAAAUUUUUGUCAGUUUUUCAAGUUAAUGAGGGUAAAAAGCCUUUGUUUUAAGGAGUGUUCUUUACUUACUGUAUUGGGGGGUGUCUGUCACUUCCCUCUUAUGGUGGGAAUUUAAGAAGCAAAAUCAAAGAUACCAUUUGGUCCUUUUGGAACCUUAGGGGUUGUGAUCUUCAAUGCUUUGACUCUUCACAAAAAGUUUCUGAGAACAACAUUAACAUAUAUCGUGUUUAUAAGUUUACAUUAACAUAGGUGUACUGUUUAUAAAUCAAAUAAGUGACUAAUGACCCCUCUUACCUUUUCAAACUGUAUCUUCUCAAGAGAUCAGUUAUCUACACAACCUCUGGCAAGGACAUAUAGUUUCCUUACAUACCAAUUCAUCAUCUAAUACUUCAUGUUUCUUUUUUACAGCAUUGCAAGGGGAAAAUAAUGUCUGUAUUUCAAUAAAUCUAGAUCGUACCCUCAAAUUUGCAAGUUAUAUCUUGUCAUCUUUAUUUAAAAAACACUACAACAUUCUUACUUAGUGCAACCUUGGGGAAUUCAAGCAGAAGGUGCUGGU